UAAAGCUUUUCUAUUAGAUUUUCUAAAAACGAGGGUAGCAUUCUAAUAUUACUAUUCUUAAAAUUAAUUUAGGCACCAAAUUAUGUCGUUUCAUGUGAAAAAGAACUUAUAGAUGUCGUUUCAAACGAAAAUGGCUCACGCCGUCUUCAACCUCUCUCUCCCAGCACAAAGCAAAUCCCAGCCAUUCGGAAAACUGUAAAAUAAGCUCUCUCUUUGACUAUCCAUGAGCAGCAGCGACACUUCCAAGUCAAAGACAAACCGUGAUUGCUGCUACUGCUGCUGCGUUUCUCACGAAUUCUCACGAGCAGCUUCCCAAAACCCCAAUAAAGUCGCCCUCAUUCACGCCUCCGGCGACUUCCGCGCCGGCGCCGACCGUCCUAACUCCUCGUCAUCGUCGUCAUCUCCGCCGCUCUACCAUGGUGACCGCUGCUUCACCUACUCACAGCUUCUCGCCGCCGUCGAUUCCCUCGCCUCUCGCCUCCGCUUCCUCCGCGUCCGUACGCCGGAGCCGGCAGUAUUCGGAAUAUACAUUCCGCCGUCGGCGGACUACGUGGCAGCGGUGCUGGCCGUGAUCAGGUGCGGUGAGGCGUUUCUGCCUUUGGAUCCUUCCUGGCCGAAAGCUAGGGUUUUGUCAAUCAUCGCUUCAUCGAACGUCGAUCUCGUCAUCGCGAGCAAAUCUCCUUCCGGCGCGGAACUGGACUCGGAUUGGAUUUCCGAGUCGGGAAAAUUUGAUGUUUUGUGGUUUUCGCUUAAAGAAGAAGGGAACGGAGAGUCUCGAGCUUUGGAUUGGCCGUGCGAGAAUCGAGAGCAGAGGCCUUUCUGUUACGUGAUGUACACUUCGGGAUCAACGGGGAAGCCCAAAGGCGUUUGUGGAACUGAAAAAGGACUUUUGAACAGAUUCAUGUGGAUGCAAGAAUUGUAUCCCCUGAGUGGAGAAGAAGUUUUGUUGUUCAAGACGUCGAUAAGCUUUAUUGAUCACUUGCAAGAGUUUCUCAGUGCUGUUCUCACUGCUUGUACGUUGGUCAUUCCUCCUUUCAACGUGCUAAAGCAAAAUGUGUUUUCUAUUGUUGAUUUUAUACAGGCUUAUUCUAUUGAUAGGCUUACUGCUGUUCCAUCACUGAUGAGAGCAAUCCUUCCUACUUUGGAAAGUCGGCAUGACACAGGUGUUCUUAGUUUGUUGAAGUUGUUAGUGCUAAGUGGUGAAACUCUGCCAUUAGAUUUAUGGGAAACACUAUCCAGGGUAUUCCCCAAGACCUCUAUUCUGAAUUUGUAUGGGAGCACAGAGGUAUCUGGUGAUUGUACUUAUUUUGAUUGCAAGAGGCUGCCAAAGAUUGUAGAGUCUGAGACAUUAACUAGUGUUCCAAUUGGUGUACCCAUUGCUAAUUGUGAUGUUGUACUUGUUGAUGAUGAUAACUUAGCCGAUCAAGGAGAAAUAUAUGUUUCUGGUAUUUGCAAUUCUACUGGUUACUUCUCUGAUUCUACAUACAUGUCUCUGGAACAAGUAAAGUUGCCCCAGGACUGUGCCAAUAGUGGUUCUGCUGCAGAUGGACAUGGGGAUAUAUUGUAUUUCCGGACCGGUGAUUUUGCCAAAAGGCUUGAAGGUGGUGACUUUGUUUUCUUGGGCAGAAAAGACCGGACUAUUAAGCUGAAUGCACAACGUAUUGCUUUAGAGGAAAUUGAAGGUGCAUUAAGGGGACAUCCAGACGUAAUUAAUGCUGCAGUCAUCUCCCAUAAAAUUCUAGGGAAAAUUGAAUUAUUGGUAGCAUUUUUAAUUUUAAAAAAGGAAAGAUGCAAUGAAAUUUUGAGAUCUCAUAUCAAAAGUUGGAUGCUUGGCAAACUUCCGUUAGUGAUGGUUCCUAACUUCUUUAUUUACGCUGAAGCAUUUCCCAUGACUUACAGCGGAAAAGUUGAUUAUAAGUCAUUGACUUCAGAAUUUCUUGCAAAGCAUGUCCAGAAUGAGAUUCAGGAUAUUGGAAAUGCUAACCUAUUGCAAGUUUUUAAAAAGGCCUUUUGUGAUGUAUUGAUGGUCGAAGAGGUUUCUGAUGAUGAUGAUUUCUUUUUGAUGGGAGGAAACUCUAUUGCUGCUGCACACCUUUCGAAUAACCUAGGAAUUGACAUGAGAUUGCUUUAUCACUUUCCUAGCCCAUCUAAGCUUUCUACAGCUCUUCUUGAGAGGAAAACAUCGUUGGAUUCGGGUUUGAGAAAGGACGCUAAUUGGUAUGAAUCUGAAAGAGGGAAACAUGCUGUUGACUCAAGGGCUUCUUACUUACCAAACAGUGAACUACUGAGAACGCUUCAUGGAAAGAAUGACAGUCAUGCUGUUAUCAUAAAUAGGUUGGAGCUGGAUUCGAGAGUAAACAUUACUUCCGAGGGCCUCACUCUGGCUAAUGGGUAUCCAUGGAGUGCAGGCUCAAUGCGUUUUUCGUGUUCAUUCAGCCGGUGCAACAAGUUUAUGCAUGAAGCUGAUGACCGAAUGAAUGGUGUUCACCAAGAAAACUGCGCAGAAGUCCCAAGAAACAGGAAAGUUUCAAUGCAAGAAUUAUGGAAAGUUCACUUGGGAUCUUGUGUUGAUGCAUCACCACUUAUUGUGUUUAAAGGCCCAGACAUCCACUUAUAUAUUGGAUCUCACUCGCAUGAGUUUCUGUGUGUUAAUGCUCAAAGUGGUUAUGUCCAGUGGAAGAUCCAGCUAGAAGGACGGAUUGAAUGUUCAGCAGCUAUUCUUGGUGACUUUUCUCAGGUUGUUGUUGGAUGCUACAAAGGGAAAUUAUAUUUUAUGGAUUCUUCAAAUGGGCAUAUCUAUUGGACUUUCCAAACAUCUGGUGAGGUGAAGUCUCAGCCAGUUGUUGACAUUCGAAACCAACUGAUCUGGUGUGGAUCACAUGACCAUAACCUAUAUGCUCUUGACUACAUGAAUCAUUGCUGUGUUUAUAAGGUUUCAUGUGGUGGCAGUAUAUUUGGAUCUCCUGUGAUUGAUGAGGUCCAGGAUGCGCUUUAUGUGGCUUCUACGAGUGGCCAGAUAACAGCGAUAUCAAUAAAGGCUUUGCCAUUUAAUAUUUUGUGGCAGCAGGAGUUAGAAGUGCCAAUGUUUGGAUCUCUUGCCAUUAGUAGUCUGACUGGAAAUAUUAUAUGCUGCCUGGUAGAUGGGCAUGUACUAGCAUUGCAUCCAAGUGGAUCCAUUAUCUGGAAGCGUAAAAUUCCCGGUCCUAUAUUUGCUGCAGUUUGCAUGUGCUCUGCUCUUCCUUCUCAGGUGCUCAUAUGUUCGAGAGAUGGAAGUGUAUAUUCAUUUGAACCUGAAAAGGGUAACCUACUAUGGAAAUACAGUGUUGGGGAUCCGAUUACUGCCUCAGCUUACGUCGAUGAGCACGUGUGCUUGACGUACGGUUCUUCCCCUUCGUCAGAUAGAUUGGUUUGCGUCUGUUCGAGCUCUGGAAGCGUAAUUUUGCUCCGAGUUAACGUGGAUGUCACCAAUGGAGUAGAUGUUGAGGAAUUUGCAAGGCUAGACCUCCAAGGAGAUGUGUUUUCUUCUCCUGUGAUGAUUGGUGGCAGAGUUUUUGUUGGUUGCAGAGACGAUUAUGUGCACUGCCUUGCUGUUAACAUAUGAAAGGUCUUUCAGCACAAAAAGGAAAAGGAAAAAGUCUCUUUUGAUACCGGAAGAAAAUAAUAAGAGAUUCGAAUUAGUUACGGUUUUGAUAGAGAUAAGGGUAGGCAGCUGUCGUAGAGAGAGGCUCCAACCAAAAUCAGAAGACAGACAAACAGAGACAGUUGUAUUUACAUUUUCUUCUCGUAUUACCCUUUCUUCUACAUGGA